ACUCGGAUCAACCUAGGCAUUUGAGAAGCUGUCAUGGUACUUAAUCGCUUUAGCUAAGUUUGAGCUACGCACUGACCACAAACCGCUGACAACCAUCCUAGCGAGCAAAGCCAUCAACGAAUUAUGUGCAGGACUCCAACGCUUCAGCUCGCCCCUAUCGUUAUGGGUGUAUGCAGCAGACACCUUGUCCCGGCUGCCAUCCAGCAAGAAUCCAGGCCACCAGGACGCCAUCGCGGAGGUGCAGAGCACGGAGACUUGGCUGUAAGUUUCCGGGUGUCGUCAGCCGCCGCGCCGUCAGCCGUUGCUGCAAGUCGAGGACCCCUGGCCUACACAUCGCUCAUUGCUGUAGGAGAAGCACCCCAUCCUGCUGGAGUGGCAUCGGACGUCGCGCUGAUUCUCCCGCCCGGACAGUCUGACCUUCCAGCUCGCCCACGCGCCCUCCCAUCUUGGCCUUGGUUAGGUCCUUCGUCGCCAUGGACACCCUACUUUCCCUGCCGGACGAGGCACUGCUGGCCGUGCUGGCCCUGCUUCCACCGAGGGAGCUCUUCAGGUGCCGCGUCGUGUGCCGUCGACUACGCGACAUCUGCCUGCACCCGGCCCUGUGGAAGAACGUCAAGUUGCGGAAGGCGGGCAUGAUCCGCGCGGCCCUCGCUCUCGCCCCGUGCCUCGCUUCGAUCAGACGACCAGAGGCUUUGUCUAUGAGGGCCCUGGCCUCACAUGUGCUCAGCACCGCAUGUGUCGUCGAGAUGCUUGACUCUGAUGUAUGCGCAAGUGAUGAGGUCCCCUACGCUAUAUCCAUUUUCCUCAAACUGUCUGCUCUCGGCGGACUAAAGGAGCUUUCCCUUUUUUUUGGCGACGACUUGCAGGAAGAAACGCCCCUCCUCCUUAAGGCCAUUUAUAACCUUAGUCUACAGACACUUGAUAUUGCCUAUUAUGGUGGUGGGUCGCUGCCGCCGCUCCCGGCUUCAUGGUGUGACGUAGAGGUCGGGCCUUCCUUGACCCAUCUUGAUUACCGAUCACGCAGGGUGGACCCCUUCCUAGAACUUCUGCUGAGAACACACGCAGAGACUCUCGAAGUAGUUGAUCUUCGUCGCACGAAGAACAUCCCGGUUGCCUUGUUGUCCAAAAUGCCCAGACUGCGGUGCUUGCGCUGUGUCCCAAUCAACGAUCUCAUGCAGUUGGUGGCGGUGCCAAACCUUCAGAGUCUAGAGCUUAUUUGCGUUCGGAACCUAUCGGCUUUCCUUCAUGAUGUGGAGAGCUUUCUCUGUGUGGUGUCUCAACUUCGAAGAGUGAAAUUAGAGUUAGAAGACAGAAGUAUUCCGACUGAUGCUUUUCUACUCGCAUUGAGCAGGUCGCCAUCAGCCCCAAUUCUUGAAGCCCUAACCGUGAAAGGGCUAAUAGGCUCUCUGCGGCCUGUAACAUUCAUCCCAGCAGAGUUUCUCUCCUUGCAAUGCCUGCAUCUGGGUCUCGUGCCUUCGGACGAAAUGCUGCGAUCUGUGAGUCCCACGUCUCUUCCCAGCCUCACGACUCUGACGGUCGAGGCUCCUCGUGACACGUGUCUGCACAGCUGGCUGCAUUACCCUGCGGUGCAGGACGUCCUGCUGCGCAACAAGGGCCUCCAUCUACGAGUGUCGCGGUCUAAAGCCCCCGAAGACUGCGCCUGCCCAUGGUGUCGGUGGGGCUGCCAUGUCCCGCUGGGAUGUGACUUUUCAUUCUCUGCUCACGCUAGAAGAGCGGGCUGUCCUGUCAAGUGCCUGCAGGUGGUCCACCCCGUCACCUUGUAACGACGGCGUCAAGUAUCUCGAGUUUGUAAUGACAGGAUAAAAUGGUAAAUCCUGGUUGCGUUAUUGAUCUGUAACUUUGAAAAAUUAGAUGCAAAAGAAAGAAUCAUAAUGCGUGAAUAGCCUUGUUUUUGUUAAAACAGAAUCUAAAGAAUAAAUCCUGGUUAGUGUUUGCUCAA